AUGUCAGUGAAGAGAUCGCCCACACAGACCGAGCUCGACUACCCAGCCUCAAAGCGUACGGUUGCGUCGCGAGACGAGCCCGAACAGAACCCACCUGAUUUAACGAACGAUGACUACACUGUUGGGUGGAUUUGCGCUCUCGCUAUCGAGCUGGCGGCAUCCCAAGCGAUGUUAGACGAAAUACAUCCCGACCUUCCCCUGGAGCCCGGGGAUUCGAACAUCUACACCCUCGGACGGAUGGGGCAGCAUAACAUUGCCAUGGUAUGCCUUCCUGAAGGCACGACAGGGACGAAUGCGGCCGCUACUGCAGCAAACGACUUGCUUCGCAGUUACCGUAAAGUCCGGUUUGGCCUGAUGGUCGGUGUUGGAGGGGGCGCGCCGUCACUGCCAAAUGAUGACCCGUUUAAGGAUGUACGUCUUGGUGACGUAGUUGUUAGCACUCCUCAAGGAAGUCAUGGUGGUGUGAUUCAGUAUGACUUUGGAAAGACCGUUGCACAAGGCAACUUUAUCCAGACGGGCUCGUUGAACAAGCCACCCAGCGUGCUUCUGGCUGGCGUUGCUAAGCUAAAAGCCAAUUAUAUGCGAGGGAGUCAGAAGUUGGGUUCAUAUAUGACGACAAUGUUGGAAAUGUACCCAAGCAUGGAAACAGGUUUUGUUUACCCUGGGAAGGAUUGCGACCAGCUAUUUGAAGCGGACUAUAGUCACGUCGACAUGAGAUCAAAAUGCGAUAAAUGCGAUCAGACACGCACUCUUGAGCGUGAAUCUCGAAUGACGGAUGGCGCUGCGAUUCAUUAUGGUCUCAUUGGAUCGGCAAAUCAGGUCAUGAGGCAUGGUUCCACCAGAGAGAAGCUGCGACGACAGCAUGAGGUUCUAUGUUUCGAGAUGGAGGCUGCGGGCCUAAUGGAGAACUUUCCAUGCAUUGUCAUUCGGGGAAUCUGCGAUUAUUCCGACUCUCAUAAGAAUAAGCGUUGGCAAGGUUAUGCUGCAGUGACGGCUGCGGGAUACGCCAAAGAGCUUCUUUCAUAUAUACCUUCUGACACUGUGAAAUCCACCACGGAUGCCGCAAAGAUCAUGAACAUGGGUCCGUCUAACUAG